AUGACAUGCCUAUCCAAACAACAAUCCAUCUGCAAUGCCAACAUUAACGAACUUCAGAGCUACCUUCCAGCCCUCCAUUUCCCACAAAGGAUUGUUGGGAAGUACUUCAAGGAACAUUCGGUCGCUUCGUCCUUCUCUUCCUUUGCCUUGCAGCGCCUCUUCCUCCUCCCCGGCCGUGCUCUUUGCCUGUCCCGACGCGGCUACCGCGGGGACGCUCCUUCCGACUCCGGGCGGGACCUGCUGGAGAUCCCUCUGCCGCCCUGGCAGGCCCGGCCGCAGGAGCCCCUGGAGACCAAGCGGGCGAGGCUGCUGUACGAGAGCCGCAAGAGGGGCAUGCUCGAGAACGGCCUCCUCCUCGGUUUCUUUGCCAAAGAAAAUCUUAAUCAAAUGAAUGAAAAACAGCUGGACCUUUAUGAUCGCCUGAUAAAUGAGCCAAGUAAUGAUUGGGAUAUCUACUACUGGGCAACAGAAGCAAAGCCUGCCCCAGAAAUCUUUGAGAAUGAAGUGAUGGAGAUGCUUAGAGGGUUUACUAAAAACAAGAAGAGAGAGAAGAGACUGCGACAACCAGAUCUGGAGUAGCUUGAAACUUCAUGCUGAUCCUGUUCGGCUGUCUCCAGAAGUCCAAUUUUGGAUAUGCUUUGAUGACUCUAUUAUCCUCAGUGGUGUUUUACUUUCGUUUGCAUUGUUUCAUACUUACUCCAACUUUAUGAAUUCUUUUAGGAGUCAUCAUUAUUCUCCAUGUUUCGUUUUUCUGUAAUAAAAUGUCAGUGCUUCUUCCUGAAGAUGAGAAUCCCUAAGAAAAGAAAUAGUAAGAAUUGUAUACAAUUAAAGGGUUGUGAGGGUUCAGGUCCUGCCUUUGGUACUUCUUCCCCAGACUUGCCCUUUACCCCAGUAAAUGUUGGGAAGUUUUUGUAGUUCAGACUUUCAACAUUUAUUUUGAGAACAUCUAAGAAACUGUUAAUAUCAACUUGAAUGUUCCAGCUUCUCACAAAAAGGGGUGAGGAACGGAUUGGUUACCCAAUAAAGAGUCCACAAAGAAAUA